AUGUUUGGUGGCCUCGUCAAUUUGCUCCAGCCAUCAACCAUCGGUCCGCCACCGAAAGAUGUGCCGCCAGCAACCCCGGUCGUGUUUCCGGACUGUCAUUUACCGUCUUCGGAGAACCCGUCCCAUGAGACGCCAGUGGUCCGACUCCUGCAAUCGCUCCAUCGCCCGGGUGACCUGAGUGAGGCCCACUUCGGCGCCUUGGGCCUUCAAGUGCAUGCCGAAACCCCAGCUCAACGUCUCUUGCCGGACCCGUCAUUUCUUCCUCCGACCUCGAAGGAAUGGGAGAACAUAUCAUUGGACGAAGCUCGAGCCAGGGACUCGGAGUUUCAGAUACCUCUGAGCAAUGGAAACAAAUCACCUGAAGCCAGGGUGUAUCUUGAGAGGCGCAAUGAGUUAUCCAUAGAUAACCAAUCCGCAUUUCGGACCGUACGCCGCAUGAGACCUGAGCCGGGUGUGAAGUCGCCAAGAUUGGGAAACUGCUAUGAAUUCUUCAGGCAACUAGAGCAGAUGGCCAAUCACUGGGAUGAUACCUCCCUCCCAACUGUGGUUCAUUCCGAGGACGAAGAUCUAGCGGAAGGGGAAGCUGGUCAUGUCAAAAAAUCACGGCCGAACCCGUUGGACGCAAGCUUGGAACAGGCUGAGCUGGCAAACCUUGGAGCCGCAGCUGCUACCGCCACAGAGUCUAAUUCACGCGCGGAGCCGAAGGGCAAAGAGAAUUGGCGCGUGACCUAUAGGACAGCUCCAGGGAAUACGAUGCCACCAGAGGUCCGACACAAUCUUAUUAGUGCCUUUAUAAAGCUCGUCUCCUAUGACUUCGGAUGUAACAUUGCGGCACCCCGAGUAGAACCACGACUGUAUCUUCAAGAGCCGGCACAACCCGAUAUCAAGGUAUCGUCCAGCCGUCCGCCCCGAGACCCAACAGUCUCCUAUUUCCCGUCGGGAUGCGUCUUUCUUGGCAGGACUCCCAGAGCCCGCGAAGCCGCAAGAGCAGGUGUAGUUGAAGGGCCGCUUGCAGCUGUCUCAGCCCGCAACACGACCAGCUUUUCCACACAAAUCGAGAGUGCCAUCGACUUGGGUCGCGAGUUGGUAGCUGCUCUCAUCACAGCUCAACUUCGAGCACGUGAAGGCCGCGAAGAGAAGCGCGCUGGCGAGGGGAAAUGGUGGGCAACAGCGAAACGAUGGGGUGGCAGCGAAGGGGGCCCGAUUGGACGAGAGAUCGAGGGUGCAGCAGGCGUCACGGGAGACAAAGACAAGAAUCCUGUUGAAUCUAGAAAUGGACAUGCGAGCACAAACGAUGAGAAACCGGACAGUCCCACAGUUGGGCGUCAAUCGUCCCUUAGCCAAGGGAACCGACCGAAUUCGCCGCCUAAGCCCAUCUCUCCCUCAUCUGGUCUACCUAUGCGUGGCCCGCCAGCCGCCAAGAAACCCAGGAAAGGUCACAGCAUCUACGACAACUACCGGCAGGUUCGGCCGCCUAUCUCCAAUUGGGAUAUCAAAGCACGCUACCAGGCUAUCGGCAAAACGAAGAAUGCACAGUACGAUGACAUUUUUGUAAUAAGCAGCAUAUUUCACCAUGUUUCAAUUCUCCGCGUUCGGGUACCGGAUCGCCUACUCGACGUCUUUGCCGGAGCUGAGGAUGUACAGGAGGGUAGUAGGUCCGGGAGGAGUUGGGAGAAAUUGGAGGUGUGGCGGAGUAGAUGGUUUGAUCUCUUUCUUCCGGAGGAACGGCUGGAGGCUUUAAGGGUUCUCUGGGGUGCAAAUGCAUGGAUGAUGCGGACGGUAGAUGACGGAGACGGGAAAAAGGACAUUGCCAUGAAAGGAAGUUGA